AUGUACGGCGGACCCUCCUCCAAAAUGGGCCGCGCCGGCCCCAAACGUCUCACUUCGUCUUUCCCCCCUCCGCAGCAUCACCGUCCUCCUUCCUCCUCCAGCUCCCGUCUCUCCCUCGGUGGCUCUGCCCGGAAAACGCCACCGGCGGUGGAGGAGACUUUCAGCCUUGUAUCCGGCAGCAAUCCACCUGCUUUCUCUAUGAUCAUAAGGCUGGCGCCAGACCUUAUCGAAGAGAUCAAGCGCGUAGAGGCACAAGGUGGCACUGCAACUAUGAAAUAUGACGCUAAUCCAAAUAAUCCCAAUGGAAAUAUUAUCGACGUUGGUGGGAAGGAGUUCAGAUUUACAUGGUCAAAGGACGGUGAUCUAUGUGAUAUUUAUGAACAGCGCCAAAGUGGUGUAGAUGGAAAUGGUUUGCUUGUUGAAUCUGGGUGUGCCUGGCGCAAAGUGAAUGUACAACGUAUCUUGGACGAAUCAACUAAGAAUCAUGUCAAAAUGCGGUCAGAGGAAGCCGAACGCAAGCUCAAGUCACGCAAAGCCAUUGUCUUGGAGCCUGGGAACCUGUCUACGCAGAGCAAUCUAAAGGCGUUGGUAGCUGUUGAGGCUACAUCAUGGAAAAAUUACAGUAAAAAGAAAGAGGCUGCUUUUAAGAAAAAGAAAGCGGAAACUCUUCCAGUUGGAGGUCCCCCAAAAACCUCCAAUAGAUCUGGAUUGAUGUCAACAACUACUACUGCCAAGGGAAAACGUUCUUCUCCUCUUCCAUCUUCACCUGAUCACUUUGCUCCUUCUUCCUCUCCACGGGGAGCUGUUAAUAUCUCUAAAAUUAUUGAUGAUGCCGUGCCAUCACAAAUGACAGACAAGCAAGAUACUAAUGCCGUCUUUGAGAAAGAAGUCCCUACCAGGACAAGCAAUGCUAUUAGGGCCAAACCAGGAGGCAAAGGAAAUAAUGGAUCCAACCCAAUAGAUUUGCAGAGCAUGUUAAUUUCUCUCCUAAAGGAUAAACCUAACGGAAUGACUUUUAAGGCCUUGGAGAAAGCAGUCAGUGACACACUUCCAAGUUCCUUAAGGGAUCUUGAGCCAAUUCUAAAAAAAAUUGCAAAAUACCAGUCCCCUGGACGAUAUAUUUUAAAGCCAGCGGUGGAUCCAGAAAGCUUCAAGAAACCUCCGACUGAAAGGGGAAGUUCGCCGGUAGAAAAUCAUAACCAAACACCCGCCCAUGAAGAGUUUCAUAAUCAGAUAUCAGCUCCACAGGGAGAUUUCGAGGAGAAAGUUCCAAAUGAUGAUUUGGAGGAAACAAUACAAGGAAAGUCCAAAGUGGAAGAAGAAUCAAGCACAUUGGAAAAAAUUGAUAUGCAACAUGCUUCACCUGAUUUAUUUGGUGACAAAAAAGGUUCUGAUUAUAGUGAAGGGAGGGCAGGCAGCUCCAGUGCUAGUGGAAGUGAUAGUGAUAGUGAAAGUAACAGUAGUGACAGUGGAAGCGACAGUAGGAGCAAAAGUAAAAGUCCUGCUGGAUCAGGGAGUGGGAGUAGCAGUGACAGUGAAAGUGAUGCAUCUUCCAGCAGCAAGGAGGGGUUGGAGGGUUCUGAUGAGGAUGUAGAUAUUAUGAGUGAUGAUGAAAAAGAGCCAAAUCUCAAAGCGGAAACCUACGAUCAAAAGAUUUCUUUACCCAUUCCAGAAAAAUCUCCUGAUGGAAGAUCUAUGCAGAAUGAGUUUGAUGAGAAGCAAGAUGGUAAUGAAUUUGAUGCCGUUGAUAUUGAAAAAGUGUCGCCAGAGGAACAGGGAGCUAAAAUGGGGUUAACUACAAAUAGUAUUUCUGAUAGAGUUGGCAAAUAUGCAGAAGAGGUAGAGCCUUUUUCACCUGAUUAUCAACAGCUACAGGAGCGCAAAAAUUAUAUAGGGAGUUUGUUUGAUGAAAAGGAAAGUGAAGUCAAAGAUAGCUCUAGGAACGAACAUUCUGACAGCUCUGAUAAGCUAUCUAAAGAUACACAUAAGAGGGGUUCUGAAUUGAAGAACAUCGAUGAGAAAUUCGAAGGUACAAAGAAUUUGAAAGCAAGAAACUCGUCUCGUGAGUCAUAUUCUCCGGGUACAGAUGUGCAAAAAUUUGGAAACUCUAGAAAUUUUUCUCCUUUCGAAUUUACUGAAGACGCCGGUAAAGGCCCUAAUACACAAAUGGGGAAUAGAGCUGACAGACAAGGAAACUCCAAUCUUGGUUUCCAGAAAGGAUACAAUCGUGCAUUGCCUGGAAAUUCUAAUUCAGAUUUGCCGCAGACAAGUCAAAGGUCCUUUGACCAAAGCCCUCUAGGAAACCCUUCCUAUCCAUUGGAAAAAUCAGACAAACUCGGUGGAAGCACAGGGCACAACAGAAAACACUCAGGAAAGGACUCCCGUGCACGUGAAGCUUCUCAUGUGCAGGAAAAUAAAUCGCAUAGAGAUGCUCAAAAUGAAGAUAUUUAUGCCUCUGGGAAAAAAGUCCCCAGGAGUUCCUGGGUUGAUAGUAAUGGGAGUAAGCAGUCACUAUUACCCAUGGAUUCUAAUUACCAAAAACAAAGUGAAAUGGUUGGUAAGUUAAAGGAAGGCCGACAAGGUACACAGUUACAUUUGGGAACCUCACCUAAGGAUAACUACAGAACUGGUCUUAAUAAAUCCCCUGCUGUUAAUGGGCGAGGUAUCUCGCUUCAAAGAGAGCAUUCAGACCUGGAGUUGGGAGAACUUCGUGAGUCCACUCCUGAUGAAACCAUUGUUCCAAAGGAAUUUGAGCGAAGAGGUUCUUUUAAACAUAUGGAAAACAGAUCAAACACUUUAGAGGGCCUGAAUUCAAAUGUCACUAAAGUAAAACCUUCAUUGAAAACAACUCUAGAUUCCGGAAAGCCAUCAUCGGUGUUUGCAAGUUCAGGUUUUCCUAGCAAUUUGGAAAACACAAAUAAAAAGAAUGCAGAUUAUCAUUUUGAAGAUUCAACAAAGUCUCAUUCUAAAGUUAUGCAAACUCAUUCACAACAUUUGAAAGCAGAUAAUGCGGACAUUGGAUCUCAAAACAAACAGUUAGAUAUGAGUACCAAAUUAAGAAAUAACGAGUCCGGCGUAAGCCAUGAUAUUGAUUUGGACGGUCGCAGUGAAAGCAAUAGAAGAGCGCCUGCAAAUGGAUCAAAGCAAGAGACGAAACGUGGAAUGAUUUCCUAUCCUCUGAAAGAGAGUAAAAGACAAACACCUAAUUCAUUUGAAGAGGUGGCCGAUGGAAGAAAGGAUCCAAUAUUUGCAGAUAGAAAUAAUAGUGACCAAAAGAAGAGAGAAUCUUCCUCCGAUGAAAAUAGCUGCUCUUAUUCAAAGUAUGACAAGGAGGAACCUGAAUUAAAGGGAGCCAUAACGACAUUCUCCCAAUACAAAGAAUAUGUGCAGGAAUACCAAGAUAAAUAUGAAAGUUACCUCUCCUUGAACAAGAUUUUGGAGGAUUACAAGAUUGAGUUUCAGAAAUUUGGUGAUGAUUUAGAAUAUGCUAAAAGCAGGGGAGAUAUGGAUGGAUAUGACAACAUUGCAGAACAGAUUAAGGAAUCCUAUAGGCAAUGCGGAUCUAGACACAAGAGACUGAAGAGAAUAUUUAUUGUGCUUCAUGAAGAACUGGCGAAUAUUAAACAAAGGAUCAAAGACUUUGCUGAGUCAUAUAGAGACUGA